AUGAGUCUCCAGGACGAGAGUUUUCCGGCAGACGAGCUGUUUGACCAAUUAAACAACGUGAGUGGCCCAGGCACCAGGAGCCCCUGGUUUUCUGAGCAUCAUCAGCCGGCGGCAUUCGAACGCAAUCCGGCGCCAUUUUUGGAGAUAUGCUACGCGGAUGCGGAUGCGGAUGUGGCCAAUAAAAGUGCCAAAACUUGUGUCAGCGAUCCUGCGGGCCGCGACCAGGAGGAUGAGGAGGAUGAUGAUGAUGUCGAUGAAGAAUUGGCAGCGGACGGAAAAAGCAAGGCGGUGUCCUACCAGGACAUCCACUCGGCGUACACGAAGCGCCGUUUCAAGCACGUGACCAGCAAGGUGGGCCAGUACAUAGCGGAGAUGGCUGCCCAGGAUCAGAAGCGACACAGUGCGUCGGGCAUGGGCUUUCAGCGGCACAGCUCCAUGCCGGAAUACCUGACGCCAAAUUCGCGACGCGCUGAGGGCCGGGGUCACUUCGAUGUCGAGGGCGAGGACGAGGUGCCCAAGAUGGAUAACUCCUCCCAAUCCUACACCAAUUCGAGCUGCAGCUAUGAGCGUAUGCAGGCCGAGAUCGAGAGUCUGCAGCAGGAUAAGAAGCGCCUCCAGGCAUAUAACGAUUUCGUGCAGCUGCGCCUGGACAAGAAGAUGGCCGAUAUGAUUCAGAUGAGGCACAAUUUCGAGACACUGCGCACCGAGCUAAGCGAUUGCCAGCAGAAGCUGAGGCGCCACCAGAGCCAUUCGUUGAGGUCAUUGAACUCCUGGCCGUCGGCGGGCAUUGAAAAGGCCACCCAAACGGACUUCCUACCGGCCAUCUGCUCCUCCGUCUCAGGAAAUCGCUUGGCCCUGACCACGCCCCAUCCGCAUUCCGUGGGCAACCUCACCUACAAUAGCAGCGAUGGCUCCAUUGAGAUGGCCCUGCUCAGUGUGGCGCCCCCAGUUCGAAUCCCCCAGAAUCCGAGCCGGUGCGAAAUGGCCAAAUCCCUGGACUUCAGCAGCGUCAGCACAGAAGCUGAUGGCGGCGGAAACGGCGAGGCUCGAGGAGACUCCUCAUCUGGGACCCUGGCCAGAAGGGGACCGGCACCCAACAACUCGGAGACCAGUCAGCCCAGCAGCAACGACUCGGCCAUUGAGGUGGAGGGCCGCGAGGAGGAGCGGACCUCCUUCAGGCAGUGGAGUCACCGGGCGGAUUCCGAGGGCGUCUACUACUUCGACAAGCGCAACAACCGGAUCAUCGAGGUGCUGCGCAUCAAUCUCAGCCAGAAUCAGAGCCAGGAUACGAGUCAAAAUCAAAGCAUCAAUGAUAGCCAGGCGCAGCUGCUGGUGCAGUCGAUGUCGCAGUCCCAAGCACAAGGGCAUGUCCACUUCAGGACGAAAAGGAACACGCUGGGCAGCCGUAUGCUCCGGCUCUUGGGACCCUGUGUUCGGUGCAGGAAUGGUGACCCAUUAAAUAGUAGUAGUAAUGCCACGUUCACGGUGGGAUUGCCACCAAUGCCGGAAGAGGUGUUUACAGACCCACGAAACGAGCGAUAAUAAUUCCCGUAUUUUAUUUAGUUAUUGGUAUUUCACAUAUUGUUAUUUUUCAUGGUGUGAUUGCCACCAAUGCCGAUAGAGGUGCUUGUAGAGCCACGAAACCAGCGAUAUUAGCCCACUUACUAUUUUAUUUAUUUAUUUGUAUUUCAUAUCUUGUUAUUUUAUGUUGCACUUAUUUAUUCAUGUCACCCGUAUUCGAUUAACCAACCAUAUAUGCAUGUGUAACCAAAUUAAAAAUUCCAAAUAUUUUUGAAA